UGCGGACAGAAAAUGCACGGAGUGGCUCUCAUAUCCAUUAGCUGAUUUAGCUCUCUGUAUCAUCUCUAAAAACUUAAAAAACAGAUCAAACCCUAGAUGGAGUUCACUGCAGAACAACUGGCCCAAUACAACGGCACAGACCCAUCAAAGCCAAUUUAUAUAGCAGUGAAGGGACGCGUCUUUGAUGUGACCGCCGGCAACUCCUUCUACGGACCAGGUGGCUCAUACGCCAUGUUCGCUGGUAAAGACGCUAGUAGAGCUCUGGCGAAGAUGAGCAAGAACGAUGAAGACAUCUCUCCUUCUUUGGACGGCCUAACCGAGAAGGAAAUUGGUGUCCUUAAUGACUGGGAGAAGAAAUUCGAAGUUAAGUAUCCCAUUGUUGGCCGUGUCGUCUCUUGAAUUUUCUUAUGUUUCUAUCUAUCUGUUGUAUUUGUGUUAAUCUCGAAGAUCAAUUACCCGUUGUGAGUAUCAAUUUACAUCAUAUUGUUGUCUCUGUUGGUAAUAUGGAUGGGGAUUGUUCCUCUGUCUUUGUAAUCUCCGAUUGAAUAAAUCUGGGUUAUUGUGAAGUUAGAAGCUUUUCAAUUCUCCAUUUUUCUUUGUGAAAUGACCUUAUGUUAAUAUUAAUAAGGCAUAUUCUCCUGUUGAAAUGUUCUGGAUAAA